AACAAUUAAUUAGGAUUUGGCACUUUUAUAUUUUGAAAAUUCCAAGGUCAAUUCAAUCGCAAUUAAAUAAUAUUUCAAAAAAUUAUUAUUUCCAAGAAUUUUAAAUGUUGUCGAAACGAUUUUGGAUUACUUUUAUACCUGCAUUACGAGCUGAAUGUUUACAUUCAAGAACAAAGAAGGUAUACCUUGAGCCAAAGGACAUAAACAAUACAUUGAUUGAAAAUCCUGGAAAUAGUAAUAAAAUUCAAUCACUUGCAAUUCGUGUAUUGACCUGUUUAGGCGUAAUUAACUUUAAUGUAUAUUUUGUAAUUUUAAAAGAAAAUUUAUUUUCUUGUUUUUAUUUGAUAUUUGAAUAGUCAAUAGCUUCGGGAGUGCUCGAUUUUUUUUUUAAUUCACGAACGAAAACAAUUUAAGAGUGUUAAAUUGAUUUUUUCUUUUUAGUAAAAUUUUUGUAUCGGGAGUGUUCGAUAUUUUUAAAAUCGCGAUCGCUUAAAAAAGUAUUUUAUUAAUAUUUAAAUGCAUUCUCAAAAUUUUUCGAAUUUUUUUUUAAAUCGCGUGUGUUUUUAGAAGAUCUUGCUGAAAUAAAUUAUACAUCGCUUUCAGACUAAGGUUGCAACACAAGCAUUUAACUACAUCCCUAUAACCAUUAUACCAGUUGUGUGAAAUCCUUUGAAUCUAUCAGAAGCUGAGUCCUGAUGUCUUUUCCACCUGAAGAUGUUGGAAUUAAUUAGUCCCAUGAGAUCGGAAAUUAUCAACAUUGAUAAUGAACAUUUUAAUACGGCAUUGACAUUAAAAUUGGAGAAAGAUGAAAAUAAACAAAUAAUAAUAAAAAAAGAUGAACCAGCUGUGGGUGAAAUUUCUUUGACAACAUUAAAUUCCAGUAGUUGUACAGUUUUGAAAUUAUUACACGUCGAUGACUGUCCUAAAUUAACAUCACAAGAAAUAAUGGCAUUGGUUAACCAUUUCAAGAAUCUUCGUGAUGUGUCCCUUUCAUUUUCACUGAUUAGUGACAAUUUGCUUGAGGCUAUAAGUGAUGAACAUGUUCAAUUAGAAACUUUGCGAAUUGAAGCUCAUUCGGAAACAAAAUCACUUCCCUUUGUCAGCGAUAAAGCGUGGCAAUAUUUUUCCAAUCAUUCACCUAACAUCAAUUUAGUUUUACAAUCAUAUUUAACAGAGGAAAAUGAUUAUAAAUUAAUACUAAAGCCCUGCGUUCCGGUAACACAUCUUUUUUUGGGCGAUAGCACACCGUCAAAUAUAAUUGAUGAUGUAGCAAAUUUUUGUCCUGGUCUCAAAGAAAUUGUUAUUGCUGCUUAUGGUCCUGAUACAAUAGACACGACAUUGUUAUUAAUAGCAAAAAAAUGUACUCGAAUUUCUGCUAUUGGACUUGGUGAUUGUGAAAUUACAUGCAAUGCACUUUUGGAAUUUAUAACAUUAUGCUGUGAACGUUUAAAGACAUUUUAUAUUUGGGAAACAUCAAUUCAGGAAGAUUCAAAAAUGGAUAUUGAAACUGUAUCAGCAAAAAUAUCUUUAUUAUUGGGUCGCACUUGGAAUCCAGAGUCUGUGCCUUUUUGUUAAAACUUUUUUUUUACAUAAACUUUUGAGCCUCGCGGUAAAAAAAUUUUUUUUUCGUUUCAAAAAAAUAUGGCUCAAUCAAGACUGAUAAG